AUGAAGGCUCUCAUUCUCGUCGGAGGCUUCGGCACGCGUCUGCGUCCUUUGACCCUCACCCUCCCUAAGCCGCUGGUGGAGUUCGGCAAUCGCCCCAUGAUUCUGCACCAGGUCGAGAGCUUGGCUGCUGCCGGUGUCACCGAUAUUGUCUUGGCUGUCAACUACCGCCCCGAUGUGAUGGUCUCCGCCCUGAAGAAGUACGAGGAGCAAUAUAAUGUUCGCAUUGAGUUCUCCGUCGAGUCGGAACCUCUGGGCACCGCUGGCCCGCUGAAGCUGGCCGAGAAGAUCCUGGCCAAGGACGACUCGCCUUUCUUCGUCCUCAACUCCGAUGUUAUUUGCGACUACCCCUUCAAGGAGCUCGCCGAGUUCCACCGCUCCCACGGUCAGGAGGGUACCAUCGUCGUCACCAAGGUCGACGAGCCCUCCAAGUACGGUGUCGUCGUCCACAAGCCUAAUCACCCCUCGCGCAUUGACCGCUUCGUCGAGAAACCCGUCGAGUUCGUUGGCAACCGGAUCAACGCCGGUAUCUACAUCAUGAACCCCAGCGUCCUCAAGCGCAUCGAACUUCGCCCGACCUCCAUCGAGCAGGAGACAUUCCCCGCAAUCUGCAAGGAUGGCCAGCUCCACUCUUUCGACCUCGAGGGCUUCUGGAUGGACGUUGGUCAGCCCAAGGAUUUCCUCACCGGUACCUGCCUGUACCUCACCUCCCUGGCCAAGCGCAACUCGAAGAAGCUGGCUUCAAACUCUGAACCUUACGUCCACGGCGGCAACGUUAUGGUUGACCCCUCGGCGAAGAUUGGAAACAACUGCCGUAUUGGCCCCAAUGUGGUCAUCGGCCCCAACGUCGUCAUUGGUGACGGUGUCCGCCUCCAGCGUUGUGUCGUGAUGGAGAACUCCAAGGUCAAGGACCACGCCUGGAUCAAGUCUACCAUCGUUGGAUGGAACAGCUCCGUCGGCCGCUGGGCUCGUCUGGAGAACGUCACUGUCCUGGGUGACGACGUGACCAUUGCUGAUGAGGUAUACGUCAACGGUGGCUCUAUCCUGCCACACAAGAGCAUCAAGCAGAACAUUGAUGUUCCCGCGAUUAUCAUGUAA